UUGAGAUGUUGGGUUGAAGAAUAAAAGUUGUCCGAAGCUUGAUCUAUAUUUAAACUGACCUCCCUCCCAUAAGCAUAACCGCUUAAUCACUUGCUAUCUCUCAGCAUUAUUGUGUGAAGGGCUCAUUCAGUAGAUCCGGUGGUAUAGCAAGCAUGGGAUUUCCGGUGGGAUACACAGAGCUUCUCUUACCGAAGCUGUUCCUCCAAAUACUCUCCCUCCUCUCUUUCCUCAGAAAACUCAUCUCCGCUCUCUUCCACUACCUCGGCCUCCAACACUUCUUGGAACCCGACACCAUCAACCACCACCCUCUCCACCCCCAAUUCCAGUCCGUCUCCGCACUCCUCAUCAGGGAAAUCCUGCCGGUCGUCAGGUUCCAGGAGGUGGCGGAGCCGGCGGAGGAGAGCUGCGCGGUGUGCUUGUACGAGUUCCAAGGGGACGACGAGAUCCGACGCCUCAGAAACUGCCGGCACAUAUUCCACCGGAGAUGCCUUGACCGUUGGAUGGGAUACGAACAGAGGACGUGCCCGUUGUGCCGGACGCCGCUCAUACCGUACGAUAUGCAACCUUGCUUCAAUCAGAGGCUCUGGGAUGCUUCUGCCAUCCCUGAAUUCUCCUAGCUCUUCUUCUUCUUAUUCUUCUUUUUUUUCCUUAUUUUUCCUAACACUAAUUACACUGAGCAUCGCAAACACCUUUUCCUUCUUUUUUUUUUUCUUUCUUUUUUUUGUUUUUGUUUUUGUGCGUCAAUCAAAAAGCUAAGGAUCUAGAUUCAGGGAAAGGAUAGCUAGGAAGAUGUUUUUGUUUACAUGCUUGUUGUGUAUGCUUGUAUAUAUACAGCAUUUCAAACAAAAAUGAAAAAGAGAAAAAAAAAAAAAAGCAUCAGACUGUGCUUAUAUA